AUGAACGACUUCGUUGAUCCGGAAGGAACUUUCAUGCCGGCCUCAAGUCCCAACGGCUUAGUGCCUAUUGCAAUAGUGGGCUUUGGCUUCAAGUUUCCCCAAGAUAUCACAAACGCUGAGAGCUUGUGGAAGCUAUUGAUGGAGCGUCGAUCUACCAUGACUGAGAUUCCUCAGAAUCGAUGGAACAUUGAGGGUUUCUACAAAGAGCAUGGCCAUCGACCUGGUACCGUAAAGAACCGAGGUGGCCACUUUCUCGCGGAUGAUCCCGCCCGCUUCGACGCCCCUUUCUUCUCCGUCCAGCCCGCGGAAGCGGAGUGUAUGGACCCUCAACAACGCCUCUUGUUGGAGACGAGCUAUCAUGCUCUCGAGAACGCUGGUAUUCCUAUGAAAGCAGCCAUGGGCACCAGGACUUCAGUUCACGUUGGCUGUUUACUCCAAGAGUAUAGCCAGAUCUCUCAGCGUGAUUCUCAGAUGCCUGGUGACUACCGUAUCGUCGGAUCCAGUGGCUUGGCUAUGUUGGCUAACCGACUAAGUUGGUUCUAUGACUUCAGCGGCCCAAGCAUGACGGUUGAUACGGCUUGCUCAGGUGGGCUCGUCGCUUUUCACCUAGCAUGUCAGGAGCUUUCAGCUGGUAGUGUAGAUAUGUCACUUGUCUGCGGUAACAACUUGUGCCUACUCCCAGACUCGACAGCACUCUUGAGUAGCCUCAAUAUGAUGUCCAAAGACAGUGUCUGUUAUUCAUUCGAUGAGCGCGCAUCGGGCUAUGCUCGAGGUGAGGGCUUUGGUGUACUCAUCCUCAAACGACUCGAUACAGCCAUUGCAGAUGGAGACACCAUUAGGGGUGUCGUGCGAUCAACUGGCUGUGGACAAGAUGGGAACACUCCCAGCAUCACAUCGCCCAGCCAAUCUGCUCAAGAGCGACUCAUUCGUGAGACAUAUGCGCGGGCAGGCCUUGAUCUUGGUGAUACUCGCUAUUUCGAGGCGCAUGGCACCGGUACUCCAGUGGGAGAUCCUUGCGAAGCUGCAGCUAUUAGCAACGUUUUCUCUUGUCGGACGCCUGAAGACCCGAUCUUCGUGGGUGCCCUCAAAAGCAACAUGGGUCAUCCUGAAGGCGCUAGUGGAAUCGCGGGUGUGAUUAAGACGCUUCUUGUUCUAGAGAAGGGCAUCAUUCCACCGAAUGUAUAUCCUGAGCGCAUCAGCCCGGCUGUUGCGGCGGCUGGCCCCAACUUGAAGUUUCCGCUCGUACCGGCAACCUGGCCGACGGAUGGUAUUCGACGCGCGAGUGUGAACUCAUUCGGGUAUGGAGGCACGAACGCCCACGUUGUUCUGGACGAUGCGCUGAGCUUUCUUCGUGAUCAUGGUUUGUCCGGCCAACAUUGCACUGAAGUGCUUGACGGUAGCAAAGGAGCAGCUGAACCAGCCACCUACGAUGGCCUAGCGAUCAAUAGUGAGGACGGCAGCUAUAGCACGGGUACUAACGCAUAUUCGCAAUCCUUUGCAGACGAUACGCCACCUGAUAUCAUGGACGACUACGAAACCGCCCCAAAGCUGUUCGUACUAUCCGCAUUUGACGAGCGUGCCGUCCAGCGAUCUAUCCCCACUUUCGAAAAGUGGUUGUGCAAUCAUGCGAACGAUGAGAAUGAUCACCGGAUUCUUAAUGAUGUAGCGUACACCUUGGCUGAGAAGCGAACGUCAUUUCCAUGGAAGACUGCUUGCGUUGCUUUGCCAAAUCUGCUCUCGCAACUCUCCUGGUCUACCCCUACGCGAGUCAAACAGCGAGUGAAUCUGUGUUUCGUCUUCACCGGUCAAGGUGCACAGUGGGAUGGAAUGGGGCGCGAACUCAUGGGGUACGCACCGUUUCGGGACGCCAUGCUUGGAGCAGAUCGGUACUUCAAGUCACUUGGCAGUAAAUGGUCCCUUAUCGACGAAUUAUACCUCAAGUCGAAAGACGAUUCAAUCAUCCAUCAACCGGAGCUUAGUCAGCCUAUCUGCACCGCUCUGCAGGUGGCCAUCCAUGACUUGUUGAUCUCCUGGAAAGUUCGCGCUUCAAUAUCUGUGGGUCACUCUUCGGGUGAGAUCGCUGCCGCUUAUGCUAGUCGUGCAAUCUCACAAGAGUCUGCCUGGAUGAUUGCUUACUUUCGAGGUCUAGCAGUCGCCAUCACUCAGACUAUCAAUCCUUCUCAGGGCGCCAUGAUAGCUGUCCAGGCCCCCUUUGAAACUUGGAAACAUAUCAUGAACAAGCAGAAUGCAGAAUAUCCAACCAAUCCCGUCGUUAUCGCCUGCUACAACAGCCAGAGUAGCUUCACACUUUCAGGUACACAUAGCAUGAUUCACCAAAUGGCUAUCGCUCUCAAACAAGCAAAUGUCGAAGUUCAUACUCUCAAGAUCGACGUUGCUUAUCAUUCACAUCACAUGAAGCCAGUUGCUGAUGUUUAUGAGAAGCUGCUUCGGACGAUCGAGCCUGGUGAACAAGUAGAGGCUCAACCGUCCUUUGUCUCUACCGUCACUGGGAAGAAUAUUCAGCAACUCAACGAGCUGCAUACUUCUGAAUAUUGGCAACGAAAUCUUACUGGAUCAGUACAGUUCUCAGCUGCGUUGCAGGAUAUAUGCGCACGACAAGAUGCCUCGACUUGUUUCUUUCUCGAGAUCGGCCCUCAUUCUGUUCUACGUUCACCGCUACGUGAUAUACUCAAACAAAGCGGAAGAGAUGUUGCGAUCGACUACAGCUCUGUGUUACGGCGUGACCACGCCGCCAACAUUACAGCUCUGGAAUGUGCUGGGAAGCUCCACACCAUCGGCGCAACUAUCGAUAUAGCUGAAGUUAAUAAGGACAGCGACAUCAGUCCCAAAUUCCUACCCUCACUCCCAUGUUAUCAAUUUGAAGACAAGAAAAGAUAUUGGCUCGAAGGCCGAACGAGCAUUCAGUACCGUCAAACACAAUUUGUGCAUCAUGAGCUUCUUGGCUCGCGCACACCCGACUGGAACGAGCACGAAGCACGUUGGACAAAUCGUAUUCUUCUAGACCAAUCCCCAUACCUUCAAGAUCAUCAGAUUAACGGUCUUUGCCUCAUGCCUGCUGCGGGAAUGCUUUCGAUGGCUAUCGAAGCCACGCGCCAGUACUAUGGUCAUCAAACCGCAGCUGUAUCAGGCUAUAAGCUCAAAGACGUCACAUUCACCAAAGCCAUGACACUUUCAGCAGACGCUCGUGGCACAGAAAUUCAGCUCACAUUACGGCCCGCAGUGGUCGAAUCACGUGAUGUGCAGCCGGGUAGCUUAUGGAAUCAAUUCUCCCUCUUCUUACAUGAGGAUGGCGGAUGGCACCUGUGCUGUACAGGAUUCGUUGCGAUUGAAUACGGCAAUCACCAUGACAGUUCUGGAGAUCUUGCCGAAUGCGCGACGGCAACGAAAGAGAAGAAACAGGCAUACCUCGCAGCUUCAGAGAAAUGUCGCAUUGUUAUCGACAGUGCUGACAUCUACGAUGCUUUUAGUCGAGCUGGUCUUACGUACGGUCCAACGUUCAAGGGCAUGCGCAACGUCAAAUGGGAUCAGCACAACCAGGCUACAGGUACGAUUGGCCUUCGAGAUUGGCAGACGCAUGCGAAGUUCAGCUACAGCGAUCCGCACCUUAUUCAUCCAGCUGCGUUGGACGCUAUUCUUCAGAUGACGUUUCCAGCUUACUCCAUCUACGCAAAGGACUCAUCAGCUACCACCGUGCCGACGGGCUUUAGUAACGCCUGGUUCUCUGUCAAGCUGAUGCGCGAUUCAUCAGAUGCGCAAGAUGUGGCCGUGCAUGCGAAGGUUUCUGGACGUGGAUUCCGCAACAAGCUCUUCUCCGUCACCGCAGCGUUUGCCAAUACGCAGGAAAUCUGCUUCUACGGUGAUCUAGAGACUUCCACCAUCGGUCGCAAUAGCCCAUCGGCGGGCAACAAAGAAGGGCGUCGAAGCUUGUACCGAAUAAACUGGCAACCUGCCGAAUUCCAUCAUCUGACGACUCUGUCACCUCGUUUAGCGACGUCCAAGUCUUGCAUUCACAUCAUCUAUGAUGAGUUAGAGCCAUUGCAGUUAGACUUGAUGCAUACUCUUCGGCGAACAAUGUCAGCGCAAGGCGACGUCGGCGUAGCUCUAGUCACAUGGAGCUCGAUCGCCCAGCAUGAGCUUGACAAGGCUUCUUGCAUAUUUCUUCCUGGUUUAGACGGAAAUCUACUUCAGCGCAUGCAAAAGGACGAGCUCGCGAAGAUCAAAAGUCUGCUCUCGAAAGCUAGUACCCUCCUGUGGAUCACUUUCCAACACCAAGCGAUUGACCAAAGCCCUACGGAAGGCCUCGUUUCGGGACUGGUACGUACGCUGGCGACCGAGUCUGAAGACUACCGGCUCUCGAGCAUUAGCCUUGAUCUUGAGACUGGGCUUGACACAGUUGCUGCCAACAUUGUUAAGGUUGCCACCACGCUACUAGAACCGCAAAUUGACCCAGAAGACGAGUACUGCGAGAUCGAUGGUCGUCUGUGCACUCCGCGUGUGGUUGACGACGCGGAGCUCACUGUCCAAGCACUGCCUACUGAAGACACUGUCGUUUACGUCACCAAGCCUUGGAGCGAACUUGACAGCCCAAAGCUGACCAUUGGUGCCGCAGGUGUCUUGAACACACUGCACUAUGAGCAAACUUCUAUCAGAAUCAAUGAGCUUGCGUCAGAUGACGUAAUCAUUCAAGUAAAGGCAGUCGGUCUUAACAUGCGGGACAUCUUGGUAGCCCUUGGCCAAGUUCACGACGAAACCUUUGGAAGUGAAAUUGCUGGAGUUGUGGUAAGCACCGGAUCGUCGCAUGAUGCAGGCUUUCAAAUUGGCGAUCGCGUCUUCGGCGUGACACGAGAUGGCGUCGCGCAACUUGCUCGCUGUAAAGUCUCACAGCUUCAGAGAGUUCCAGAUAAGAUGAGCUUCUGCGAGGCCGCAGCCUACCCUGUGGCUUUCUGCACUGCCUAUUAUAGCUUGAAACAGUGCUAUAGCAUGAAGAGCGGCGACUCGAUCUUGGUUCACGAUGCCGCUAGUGUGUUGGGUCAAGCGAUUAUCAAGAUUGCCGCUUUUCAUGGGUACACAAAGAUCUUUGCGACAGUAAGCACGGCUGAUGGAGCUUUCUUCCUGGAAAACACUCUACAUAUUCCGAAGUCGAACAUAUUCUCGACCGACAGCCUCGAUCUUCAACAUGGUAUCCUCCGCUUGACGAAUGGUCAAGGCGUCGCGGUCGUAGUGGGCUCUGAAGAUCGUUUAAGUGAUUCUUGGCCGUGUAUCGCCUCCUUCGGACGCUUUGUUGGAGUUGGAGAGAAGGACAUUUUCCACUCGACCGCCAAUAGCUCAAAAGACAUUGUGCUUCCAUCUACCACGAAAAACAUUGCUUUUGUCAGCGUCAACUUUCAAGAGUUGGCCAAGAGCCAUGUAUUUGCUGACAUCUUCAAGCAUGUGUUGAUGCUUAUAGGAGACGAUAAGGUCACCAUUGCUUCACCUCCAAAUGUUUUCAAGCAGAGCGAGAUCGAGCCCGCUUUCCGGCGGAUUAAGGACGUAGACAUGGUGGAAAAGGUAGUAAUCGAGAUGGACAGUGACGAGAUUGUAGUGAUGGAACUCGCUCAGGAUUCCGCAAAGCCCCUUUUCCGCCCAGACGCCAGCUACAUCAUCGCUGGUGCGUUUGGAGGUAUAGGCCAGAGCAUUGCUAGGUGGAUGAUACAACAUGGAGCCAAGCAUCUCAUCUUACCAUCAAGGUCACCAGUCGAUGGCACUGGAUCAGAGCGUGAUCACUUGGUGCAGGAACUGAAAGCUCAAGGCGCAGCGGUAUAUGCUCCGGUGUGCGACAUCGCCAAUCGUGAUCAGCUUAGGGAUAUGCUUAUGUCCUUUGCUCAUCUUCCGGCAGUCAGGGGAUGUAUUCAAGCAGCAAUGGUAAUGCGAGAUUCGUCCUUUGCGAACAUGACAAUGGAGAAGUGGCACGAGUCGCUCGCGCCCAAGGUAGACGGCUCCUGGAACCUACACCAGCUCUUACCGCUGGGCCUCGAUUUCUUCAUCAUGCUGUCAUCCUCAACUGGCAUUAUGGGUUCGUUUGGUCAAUCAAACUACACCGUCGGAAACACAUAUCAAGACGCACUAGCAGCACAUCGAAUGCGCCACGGCCAGCGCGCCCACGCUCUCGCACUCAGUAUGGUCACAGGCGUCGGCUACGUUGCCCAGAACGACCAAGUACAAGCUCUACUCCGCGUACGUGGCAUGCUGGAGGAAGUACCCAUGGAUGAUAUCUACAACCUUCUCCGGUUCUGCUGCGACCCGGAGCGUGUUGACACUAGCACAGUCGGUUCCCAGAUCAUCACACCCUUGACUCUGCCGGCUGAUCUUCGAGCAAUGGGUAUCGUUGCACCUCUGGGUAGUACGCGGCCAAUCUACCACUACUUGGACACACUUCCCUCACGCUUCUCCUCGGACACGGCAUCCGCCGAAGCCAAGGACCGCCCUUCGUACAAGCUUUCCGAAGCUACUUCGCUGGCUCAAGCUACAGAUAUCGUUGUCGAAGCUAUACAAACUCAGCUAUCCAGUCUUCUCGUCGUUAGCAGAGAUGACAUUGACUCCCAAAAGGCGAUUUAUCGGUACGGUGUAGACUCUUUGGUAGCGGUGGAGAUGCGCAAUUGGUUUUCGAAGGCUAUCGGAGCGGAUGUCGGGACGACGGACAUCAUGAGUGAUAUCAGUAUCUGGUUAUUGGCAGUCAAGGUUGCGGGGAAGAGCAAGUUUGUUAGGGACGAGCUGAAGGAAUAA